AUGGUUAUUACGGAACUUGCUGCUCUUUUAACAGUUCUUCCAGCCGGUUUAGUGGCUUUUUAUGUGUGGCUUCUUAAAUCUCGUAAAGGUAGUUUACCUAUCACCAAUGUUGAAUGUGCUUAUGACAAAAAUAAAUAUGGUCAUAUUCUUAAUUAUGAUAAAUACUGCCUUUACAUUCAUGGAAUUCCAACUUUAAUUAUAAGUGGUGAAUUUCAUUAUUUUCGUCCGAUUGUUCUAGUCGUUUCUAUAACACGUGCAGCAUAUUUAGGAAAAUUUAUUGAAGAACGUAGCCUUAUCCUCAUUGGAUUUAUUCUCUCGACUUCUGCAAGUCCUCUACCUGAAGGAAGCUCUCAAUUAUCAGAACGUUCGUAUUUCGAUGAUUGUGACUACGACGUUCCAUUCCAUGGUGGCUAUUGGGGCGGAUAUAAGCAUAAAUAUCCUUAUUUUCGUGAACACAAACUCAAAAAAGAUGAUUCAUUUACACAUUCCCAUCAUCAUUUUAAAAAUAUUGAUAGGGUACUUUAA